CUGGUAAGUGACUAACACUUUUACACACUGAACUGGUCCUGAGAACUGAGAUGUCUUCUUUGUAAGUGAAGAAUAUACGACAUAAUCUCGAAGAACUGCACAGUGGUACAAGCCAGAGGCAUACUGUGUGUGUGACGGAUGGAGAAACAGACCAAUUAAUCUUGUUUUGUUGAAAGGAUUUUUCAUCUUUUGUUUCUAGUUGCCAGUGUUAGUGUUUUGCUGGCUUAAAUUGUUGCCUUUUUCUGGUUCCUUCUGUUCUAUUCUAAUGGGUCCCAGAAAUCCCUCUCCUGACCCCUUAUCAGAAUCAGAAAGUGAGGAAGAAGAAAAUGCUAACUACCUAAAUGAGAGUUCUGAGGAAGAGUGGGACUCCUCUGAAGAAGAGGACCCCGUGGUGCCCAACCUAACCCCUCUUGAGAGUCUUGCAUGGCAGGUUAAGUGCCUUUUAAAAUAUUCAACAACUUGGAAACCUUUAAAUCCUAAUUCCUGGUUAUAUCAUGCUAAACUCUUGGAUCCAAGCACACCAGUCCAUAUACUUCGAGAGAUAGGUCUGAGACUCUCUCAUUGCUCCCAUUGCGUCCCCAGAUUGGAACCAAUUCCUGAAUGGCCUCCUCUGGCUUCUUGUGGAGUCCCACCUUUUCAGAAGCCCCUUACAAGUCCCAGCCGGCUUUCUAGAGAUCAUGCCACUCUGAAUGGAGCACUGCAAUUUGCCACCAAACAGUUAAGCCGAACCUUGAGCAGAGCCACUCCCAUACCUGAGUACCUAAAACAGGUUCCUAAUUCAUGUGUUUCUGGUUGUUGCUGUGGCUGGUUAACUAAAACGGUUAAGGAAACAACCCGCACUGAACCCAUCAACACUACUUACUCUUACACUGACUUCCAAAAGGCAGUUAACAAACUCCUAACUACAUCACUAUAAGAAUUCACCAUUUGUUCUGAGAUCUCUCAUGUUGCUAACUGAGAAAGGAGAACAAAAUUACACAGCCCAGAGUUGAGAAACAAAUGCCUUCUCAACCAAACUAUGCCGUCCUGACAAGCUGAAGGUCUACCAAGUGCUGAAUAUAUACCCAAGAGUCCCAUAACUCAACUAUAGAGUGUGUGCAUUUUGAGUAUUUCCUUUGACAGACCCUGUGGAUAUAAUGAGAACUUUAAUGGAGAAUUAGUGAAAAGGGACCAUAUUGCAAAAGAUUAAGUUGACUAUUCUCCACACUCAGUUCUCCCCCCAAUUUAUUCUGCCUGUCUGAAGGGACUCUAGCUAGAUAUCUAAUUAUUAAUGGGAAGAGAAAGGUGGCUCCCACCCCUUUUGCUACCCAACCUUCAGAACGGCUUGUGGAAAGUGGGGAGUUAGCUACUCCUAGUAACACCUUCCUGAGCAUACUGUUCUCUAACAUUAAUUUCUAGGGAGGUAGUUGAAUUAAAUUGAAUAAAUAGACAAAAGAAAAUGGUGGGAAUAUGAUUUAUCUCGGCUCUUUUAGAUAAGCCUACAUAUGGCACCAUUUAGGGGUUCCUGUUUGAGGGGACAGGAUGCUGUUUCAAACCUGGCCAACACUACUCCAGAACUAUUUCAGUACCUGCAGUUACAGCAUAAACAUUUUUAUUAUAGGGUCCCACCAAGCUGUCUCUAGAUAAAUUGAUAAGAUCUUACCUGGGGAUUCAACAGACACCUGUUCUAUGGGAAAUAUGUUUCCUGCCUUGUGGCACCCAGACUUUAGUCAAGAGGAAAUAAAACAUCCUAAAAAACCAAAGGGAAAGGGUUAAGAGAGCAUAUGUUUUCAGUAUUAACUGCUAGUGGAUUAACUGUUUCGCCUGUAUGUGUCGAGAGCAGUACUUUAUGCACUUUCCACAUCCAUGCAAAUUUUCCAGGAACACUUCUAACUUUAAAAACCUUACAACCAAAAAAUCUCAGCCUCGUACCAUCUGAAGUUAGAGAUUUUUAGCAUCGUUGUUUUUCUGCAUAGGUGAUCUUUAGAUCUAGCUGAACAAGGAAGAGUAUGACCCUUGUAAAUGAGUCUUGCUUGCUGUGCUUAUUAAGAUGAGUCAGAACGUAGAAAACAACAUACAUAACAUGCAUGAGACCGUUAAAUCUUUUCACCCACCUACAAUAAAGAGUGAACCCUGUGAAUGAUCCUGGUUGACUGGACAUCUAAAGAAUUCAGGAAAUAGAUUCUUAAAGAUACACUCCUCUUCCUUGUUUUAGUUUAGCUGUUUCCUAAUCUCCAUAAUUAAGUGCUGUAUACAAUGUGGCAUCAAAAAAUUGAAACUUUAAUGGACUCACAAAUCCUAUAAUUGUAACAACUUUAAGGAGACAGAAGAUUGUUUAUAACCUGAUGAGUAUUUCUGCUGAGACUUAGUUGUCUUAAGGAAAAAGGAGGGAAUUGUAGGCAGAAAAAACAUUUGUUAGUGGAAAGUUACUGAACUGAAACCAUAUCAUACUGUUAGUGUAACUGAAUAUAUCAGAAACUGUUCUUAUGUAGUAGAUAUUCUGUGAAACUGGUUUUUAAAAUGUUAACAACAACCUGUUUGUUUGUUUUUUUAAGGGGGAGGUGGGAAGAGAUAGGGAGGUCUGAAAAUUAAAAUAUGUUGAUGUUUAUGUAACCAUAUGUUCCUUUUUCUCUCCUUUGUGUGUGUGUGUGUGUGUGUGUGUGUGUGUGUGUGUGUAAGUGCCUUGCUCAUAAACGCAUUUUUGCUAUUCACUCCUAAAGGAAGCCUUUCCCCAGCUUUGCGGCUGAAUAAACCAACAGCUUUGUACAUGCUGAUCAGAGUACGGUCAUUUAUUCUCAAAUGAAAUAGCUCCUGCUUUGCUUAAGGCAUAUUCAACAUGCACUAAGUGCUAAAUAAAGUCAAAGGUACAGUAUCUGUCCCUAUGAAGUGUCUGAUAGGAGCUGACUUGGCAGCUCUAGAAAAGAAACAUAUCUGAAGAAGAUACAGUGAGAUACUGAGUCAAGACCCAGAUUUGAACCCAUUUGUUAAGGUUGCACAAAAGGCUAGGCAUCUGAAUAAGCCUUAAGCCUUCAUUUCUUUUUGUGUGCCAUAGAUGUGGGGUUAUGGGUGACUGUCACUUUCAUACUCGCCCUACGUGGGCCUUUGGUUUAAUGCAAUCACCAUAAUUGGAAUAAAGAUGGGCACAUGUGUUUUUUAUUUAUAGAACUAUUUAGCAAAGGAAUGAGGAAACAGGAUUUCUAAACAGUGGAUUUAUUAAUGUUAUUUAAAGCUAUUGCUCUCUCGAUACAGAUAGGCAGCCUCUUUUUGUUGAAGCUGUCCAGCUACCUUGAGUCCUGGAGACCACAGUCAGGUCUUUAAAACCCAUCACCUUCCUAAGAGAAGGAGAAAAAUACACGGCAGGAUGAGGGCAGAUGUUAGGCCAGCUGUAGGGGAUUAUCCUCCUGGGCUCCUGUCACAACUAUCCAUCUAAACAAAUUUUUCUCUAAUGAAAACAGUGUUUUGAUAUUACAGUAGAUUGUUAAAGUAAUUUCGGAACCUCAGAAGUCACUUGGGUUAUUUUCUUACUGGACAUCUCUAUAAUAAAUGAUUCUCUAAUUUUGACUCCAAUGUGAGAGAACUCACUAUCUUUUGAAGCAGCCCCAUUAGUUUUAAAUAUCGCUUCUUAGAAA